AUGGGCAAUCCUGGUAGCCCUGAAUCAUCAAACAAUUAUAGUAUCGAACCACCAGAUGGAGGAUAUGGAUGGUUCAUUGCGUUCGCCGGCUUCAUAGUGUAUGUUCUUAUCGGGGGCGGUUUCUUCUCAUUUGGUGUGCUGUAUGUGUCAUUAUUAGAUGCAUUUGGUGCAUCCAAAGCAGAUACAGCAUUGGUAGGAUCUCUGUCGUGUGGUAUGGGGAUUAUCGGCCAUGGUAUAUCAAUGGCUUUAUGCGGUCGAUUUGGACAUCGAAAGAUUCUGAUUGUGUCUGGGAUCUGUUCUUCGAUGGGCUACGUAGUAUGUUCUUUUACAACAUCAUUGCAACAAAUAUAUGUUGUGUAUGGAUUAUUUAUCAGUUUUAUGUAUUGGAUUACAUCUUUUCCUGCAAUAUCUAUGAUUCGUAAAUACUUUUCAAAGAAAAUGCCAAUAGCGGUAGGACUGGCUCUGUCAGGAACUGGUGCAGGGCAAUGUAUAUUUUCCGUCUUGAUACAGAUUUUCCUUGACAGUUAUGGAUGGCGGGGAACGCUGAUUAUGCUUGGGGGAAUUUCUUUACAUUUCUGCUUAGUAGGGGCGUUAUUUAGACCUAUAGAACAUUAUCUCCGAUCGCCUGCUCAAUACACCGAAAUAGCAGAGGACAAACCAGAGAAUCAAGAGACCUCUACGGCUCUACAUGUAUCCAACUCGCAUUCAAAUACUGAUUACUGUGUUCGUCCACUUAGUAACACAGCUCAGCCAACUGAGAUAACACCGAAGAAGAAAACCAUUAAAGGUUGUUUCAUUACUGGUUUGAACAAUAUUCACACUCUAUUCAAGGUCAAACGUGCCAGGGAUUAUGGAAUCCCCAGUUUCAAAAGUUCGAGUUUACCAGCAAUCAUGGGUCUCACCCAAUUCUUUGGUAGAAUAUUCUGGGGAGUUGGAGGAAGUCUUCUAAAAGUUAAACCUCAUAUAUUGUACGGCAGUGGCAUGAUUAUUUCUGGGAUGGCAACAGUGGUUAGUAUCCAUAGCAAGACGUAUGAAGGGCAAAUAGCGUUUGCUGUUAUAUUUGGCAUUGAACCACUUAUAUUUGACAGUGAAAAGCGAUGCCGAACAGCAAGGCAGAAACCAAUAGGAAUUUUUGAUUUUGAUGAGCUCUCUAAAGGAGUGUGUGGAUUACGUCAAAUAAGUGAAUGA